AUUGCAAAGGUUAUAUGUGGAUUUAUGUGCAUAAUCUAGUGCUCUGCUCUCUACUCAGCCAAACCACAUCCCCACCCUAAGAUAACUACAUAGGGUUUUGCUUGACACAAACAUAUGUUCCUAUUUAUAGUGCUGGUGUGGUACAACUCUGUACAACAGUUGUCUACUUUUCCUUGCAGUUUAAGAGAGAGACUUUGAAGGAGAAACACGGAAACAGCACCAAGGGACAUAUUCUUAAUAUUUUUUAAAGGCAUUUAUCAACACUUUUGGGAACUGUUCUAAGGUAUGGAUGAGUAACUUCUGCAAUCUUCUCUUUUCUAAAAUGGAACUAUAUAAACAAGACUGAAGUUGGCAUAUGAAGCUUUUUUAUACUAAGGAGACAAACACUAUACAAAGAACUAAAAAUCUGAUCCCACACACCAGAUGACAAAGUGUGGCAGGAAAGCACUGAAGGAGAUCGGUAAUUAAAGGGCAUCUAAAAAAAGAGCUGGACGAGGGCGAGGCUGUGGAGUCAUAUGCAGAGUCACAGAAACUCAGAGUCGACAAGAAGAGCUGUUUAAGACUGCACCCCAAAAAUCUGCUCAUGGAUCCCUAUGGAGGCCACUACCUGAACCGAGAAGCAGUGCUGUCUUUACUAGGUAUAGCUCGCAUGUGCGAACUGGUACUAGGCUGUACCACCAUGGCUUUAGUGGCUCACAGCGCCGGGUUCAGUGCUGCCUAUGGCACCUACUGCAUGUUUGUUUGGUGCUUCUGUUUCGCCACGACUUUAAUUAUCUUUGUGCUCGAUGUGGUUCGCCUGCAUGGUUGUGUGCCCAUCUCCUGGGACAAUUUUACUGUGGCCUUCGCCAUGCUUAGCACAUUAAUGUACAUCACAGCUUCCGUUGUGUAUCCUGUUUACUUCCUCAGUAAAGAUUGUCCGAGUGAAGGCUGUGAAGUGCGCAACUACCGCAUUGCUGUUACUGUGUGCUCUAGCGUCUGUUCUUUUGCCUACGGUGCUGAGGUCCUCCUCACACGGGCCAAGCCAGGCCAUGUGGUGGGUUACAUGGCCACCAUGUCAGGCCUACUCAAGGUAGUUCAGGCCUUCACUGCUUGCAUCAUCUUCGGUGCUCUGGCAAACGACAGUGAGUACCAUCGCCACAUUCCAACACAGUACUGUGUAGUAGUCUACAGCCUAUGCUUUGCCAUUACAGUAGUGGUGGUGCUUCUGACUGUCUCAGGGAGGACUGCAUUUCUGCGGCUACCCUUUGACCGCUUUGUGAUUACAUACACCUUCCUGGCAGUCCUGCUAUACAUGAGUGCUGCUGUGGUGUGGCCCGUCUUCAGUUUUGAUAAGAAGUAUGGCUCUCCUGGACGACCAGAUGAUUGUCCCCAAGGAAAAUGCCCAUGGGACAGCAAGCUGGUGGUUGCAGUGUUUACCUUUGCCAAUUUAGUGUUCUACUUUAUCGACCUACUAUAUUCUCAGAGGAUCCGCUUUGUCUCACAGACAGCAACCUAAUAGACUAUUGUGCUUCUACUUUCUAUGAAAUUAUGCACCUAUAUGUUGUCAUACAUACAGUGGGGGCCAAAAGUAUUUAUACAACAUAUGCUAUGUAUUAUAGUUUUACCUUGUGCACCAAACAGAUGAUGUCACUAAU